UCCCUUCCCGCAAUUCUCUAGAAGCUCUUAAAACCGCCCUUUUAAUAGGCUUCUUCCUUUUAUUAUUAAAAUUGUGAAAUGAAGAAAUUGAACUAUUAUUACCAACCAAUCUUUUCCUAGAAAUUUCUUUUGGGAAAAUCGAAAUCAUCAAAACUAAUGGGAUCAUCAAAACGGAGAGCUGCAGAUAACAGUAGAGGAGGCAGCAGCACUGACCAUUUACAUACCCUUCAUCAACGUCUCAAACAUGCUUUAAGUCUUGGUACCACCAGAGUGAGUGAUGAUAAAGAAAGGAAAUGGAAGUGUACGGAUUUAGAAAUUCAAAAGCAUGUGGUUCGUUCCCUUGCUGCUUUUCUUGAUUCUUCUUCGGGGCAUGCUUCGACCCAUCGGCUUCUCAAGGAUUCUCUAGCUGAUAUUGUUGAGGCAUUGGUGUGGAUUCUGCAUUGUAAAAGUGAAGCCAUAGUAGGCAUGGCAGUAAAUGUGGUGGUGAAGUUGGUCAGCAGUAACAGUUCAAUGAUGCAAUUGUACUUGACAGAUCUCAUCAACCCUUUGUCAUCAUUAUUAUGUUCCAACAACUUAGAAGUUGCUACUUCCUGUGCCACUGCUUUGAACAUGGUCCUCUCCAAUCUAAGUGUUAAGAGGGAGAAACAAGUUUGGGAGAUAGUCAAAGAAGCAAAGACUCUCAUUCAAAUUAUUAGGAUUAUUCGGGAAUUUCCUGGUGGCACCCAGCCAAUUGAGAAUUUUCAAGAGAUGGUUUCACUAUUGUAUACAAUAUUGUGGCGGUGGCCUCCAUCUCGUUAUUUUGUGUGGAAGGAUACUAUUUUGAUCAAAGUUUUAGAAGAUUCUCGCAUUAAAUCUCAUCUAUCUACAAAAGUUGCGGUGUUGAAAUUAUAUUCUGCUUUAGCUUUAUGCAAUAAAGUAGCCAAGGAGCUUCUGGGAAAUGGAGAAACAAUUCUAACAAUGAUGGUUUCUUGCAUGGAUGUCUCAGAGCCUCUGGCAGUCAGAAUCGAGGGAUUUAGACUUGCCCAACAUUUGGUGGCAGAUGAACAACGAUGCAUAAAAAUGACAAGCUUAUGUUCUGGGCCUCUAAUUAAAGCCAUUAUAGGAGGAAUGAGAGUAUGGAGGUUGGGCUCUGGAAAGGGUGUAAAUGAUCUGGUGUCUUUGCUAGAUGAGGCCUGUCGGUUGGCUCUCAUUACUCGAUGGCCAGGAGAACAUCACAAUCACUUUUGGGAGCAAGGGAUUGACAAAGUUCUUCUUGAUCUACUUCUUGAAAAUUUUGACAAACAAGCAUCGGAGCACCCUUUGACUCCUCAGGCACAAAUCUCUAUUGCUCAGCAAGGCCUUGAUACUAAUUUUCUUAUUGCACUAAGGCCAUACAUCUGGGAGAUUUUUGGAUGGCUUGCAGUGCACUGUAGAAAAGAUUUUAGACCAAGCGCGGAUCGAAAUGAGCUCUAUAUUGACAUGCUUAUCACAUGUGCAUGCUUGUCUUUUGUAGAAGCAAUUUGCAAAGGAUGCCAAAUUUCUGAAAAUGAUGAUACCUCUAGAAGUGAAUCAUCAUCAAGAGCAGUUUUAGUUAUGAUGCAUUCUAGCAGCACAUAUAUUGCAUCAAAAGUAAGGCUCAUCCUUUCUGGUGUUCUAGAGAUAAAGGGAAAUGAGUGUCUGAAACGCUUGCUGUAUUUACUAGAUUAUGGAUCAUCUGCAAACAACUUUGGCUCAGCAAACAUUCCUAAAACUGUUGUUGAACUGGUUUGUUUGAUUUGUUAUUCUGGAUUGCCAGAAUAUCAAAAAAAUGUUACUAGAGGCGAUGGAAUAAGGACACUAGUGACUUCCAUAAGACGUUGCUUGAGCAAUGAAGUUUGUACUAGCAGGAGAAGCUUUGCCCUUCAUUUUUAUCAUAAUGUGUUUUAUGAGAGGACAUGUUGCUGGAUGACUGCUGAAGAGUGGGAAGGAAAAGAUGCUCUUUUAUUUUACAGUUUGUGGGGACUAGCCGAGUUGGUACAGCAUUCCUCUGAUAUAGAUCAUAGUCAUAUCAAAUCUAAUUUAAUAAAGACAGUACAAGAAGUCUUAGAUAAUAUAUCUGCUCCUGGACCAAGAUGGUUGGCUGCUAAUAUUCUUAGUUAUUUUGGAGUUUGUGGUUUUCCCAAUAAACAUGACAAAGGCUUUGGGAGAGCACUUGAAGACAAGGAGCAUACUGAUCUGCAGCUCCUUUUUGCUAAUGGCGAGUCUGUGAGUGUUCACAAAAUUAUUCUUGCAGUCCGGUGUCCAUCAUUGCUACCUCCUGAGCAAUUUCCUCAGAGUGCAGAAACAACUGAUAAUUUUUUAGUGAAAGAUGUUCCAAGGAAGUGCUGCCCAAUGUUGCAAAAAGAAGUUCGUUUGUCUGCUCGGGUUGAUCAGCAGGCACUACUAAAGUUGUUGGACUAUGUUUACUUUGGUUAUGUUGAAGCUGGAGAAGACCUUGCCAGGAAGUUGAAAACUCUAGCUAAGUCUUGUAACAUGCAACCUCUAUUUCUAAUGCUUUGCAGAAAGAUACCUAAGUGGGGUACUCCAAUUCCAAGCUCUGAUUUCACUGAUGCUCUUGGCCCUUUGGGGUUCCAGUUCGCGGAUAUAAUCUUGGAAGCUGAAGAGACAGAAAAAAUGCCCUGGGCAUGCAGUUUUUGCUCUCUAUUGGUGCCGCACAUGCAUGCUCACAAAUUCAUCCUGCAGUCAAGGUGUAAAUAUCUACAAGCCUUGUUUCUAUCAGGAAUGCAGGAAAGCCAUUCGCAAAGCAUCAAGGUUCCUGUGAGUUGGGAAGCAUUAAUCAAGUUAGUUCGAUUGAUUUAUAGUCGCAAGCUGCCAGAUCCUCCCUUUGGAUGUUUGUGGGACAACAUGGACACCAAGGAAAGGCUAUACGAGUUGAAACCUUAUGUAGAAGUGUACUGGCUGGCUGAGUUUUGGAUUUUGGAAGAUGUUCAAGAAGCUUGCUUCACAACCAUUAUAUCUUGCUUGGAUUCUGAUAGACAAUUAGCUCUUGAAGUUAUGAAACUUGCAGCUGGUUUCUCUCUGUGGAAGUUAGCAGAGGUAGCGGCAGAUUAUAUGGCCCCUAUUUAUCAUAAACUGCGAGACUCCGGUGUUCUUGAACAACUUGAUGAACUGUUAAUUGAACUGGUUCGUGAUGCUUCUGUCAGGCUUUCUCAGGGGAGUGGUGGUUUUUCCGGAUGAUACCACCUCAUCCAUAAUAGAUGAAGGCGAUUACUGAAUCCGUUGUUAUUAGGGUAAGAAGUCUUCAAACCGUUUCUCAUACUGCCAGAAUCAUCUGAUGCGGCAGCAGAUACCGGCUCUCUUUGCAUGUAGGAUUUACAAACACUAUUUUGCCGAUCUAUAAAACCGCAUAAGCCCCAGCAACCUGGUUUGUCCAGUCCGGUUCCUAAUGGAACAGGACGGUUCAACUCUGAAUUUGGCAAGUAGCUUUUGUUGUAAUUGAUAUACCUUUGAUAUGAUGGAAGUGAAUGUGUAGUAUUAAGGAUGUGAUUCUUGUAGUAGCGUCCAAAGUGACCCGUUUGGUGAUUAGCUCGGCAUAGUUUUUGGUUAAGGGUUGAUCUGUAUUUGUCUCUAAAGAAUUAUAUCAUCCAUAUGUAUACUUUCUUAUUUAGAUGACAUCGUGUGGUAAAGAAACAUUAAAUGUAUACUCAUUAGGUAUUCUUUAA